AUGUAUAUAUGCUCUUCGAUUCUGGGAUGGAUCUAUAUCACUGAUGAUGAAGCAAGGCUUAUACUAAAUGUCAUUAAUCAAGAACUUAAUAAUUUUACAUUUGGGAAAGAGAGGUUCUUAGCAGGAGAAAAUUAUAUUGUCAGUUUAAAAGAUGUUCAUGAAUUUUAUACAUUCAUAAAUGUAUGUUAUUAUAGAUUACUGUGCAAAAAUAAAAAAGGUCAAGAUAAAAAAUGCGGUUUUAUACAAAUUGAUAACUUUGAAUCUAUUGUUCCAUAUUGUAUUAUAGAUAACCAAAAAUAUGUACCACUAUUCUACUUUAAAAAGGAAAAACAAAACCUAAUAGAUCGAGCUAUAAAAAUAAAAGAUUGGAACUUGGCCUAUCUCAAGUUCUGUUGGAAAGUGCAGGGUAUCAGAGAUGAAUUGUUUGCUGGUAGCUCUUGCACAGUGGUCAGUGUUGAUAAUAUCAAAAAAUAUUUUCCACCAGAAACACAUUUUGAGGAUUUUUGGCCACAUGAGACGCUUAAUUCAUAUUUCCCUAUUAAUCAGAAUUCUUCUACUCAUCUCAAGUUCAAUUGUAAAAUGCAAUGUAUCAGAGAUGAAUUGUUUGCUGGUGACUCUUGCACAGUGGCCAGUGUUGAUAAUAUCAAAAAAUAUUUUCCACCAGAAACACAUUUUGAGGAUUUUUGGCCACAUGAAACGCUUAGUUCACAUUUCCCUAUUAAUCAGAAUUCUUCUACUCAUCUCAAGUUCCGUUGUAAAACGCAGGGUAUCAUAGACGAAUUGUUUGCUGGCAAUUCUUGUACAGUGGCCAGUGUUGAAAAUAUCAAAAAAUAUUUUCCACCAGAAACACAUUUUGAGGAUUGCGACUGGCCAGACCACACACCAUCACAUUCGAAAAUGGAUUUCAGAAAGAAUACAGUAAAAAAAUGUCGUAAUGAAAGUAUAAAUGGUAGAUUAUUUUGGAAAGCAAUAGUUGAACUUGUACCUUCCACGCCUUCUGUAACUCAGCUCCUUAAUAUCUAUUUAAAAUAUGUACAUUUAGAUAUGUAUAUAUGCUCUUCGAUUCUGGGAUGGAUCUAUAUCACUGAUGAUGAAGCAAGGCUUAUACUAAAUGUCAUUAAUCAAGAACAUAGUAAUUUUACAUUUGGGAAAGAGAGGUUCUUAGCAGGAGAAGAUUAUAUUGUCAGUUUAAAAGAUGUUUAUGAAUUUUAUACAUUCAUAAAUGUAUGUUAUAAUAGAUUACUAUGCAUAAAUAAAAAAGGUCAAGAUGAAAAGUGCGGUUUUAUACAAAUUAAUAACUUUGAAUCUAUUGUUCCAUAUUGUAUUAUAGAUAACCAAAAAUAUGUACCACUAUUCUACUUUAAAAAGGAAAAACAACACCUAAUAGAUCGAGCUAUAAAAAUAAAAGAUUGGAACUUAGCCUAUCUCAGGUUCUGUUGGAAAGUGCAAGGUAUCAAAGAUGAACUGAUUGCUGGUAGCUAUUGCACAGUGGUCAGUGUUGAUAAUAUCAAAAAAUAUUUUCCACCAGAAACACAUUUUGAGGAUUUUUGGCCACAUGAGACGCUUAAUUCACAUUUCCCUAUUAAUCAGAAUUCUUCUACUCAUCUCAAGUUCCGUUGUAAAAUGCAGGGUAUCAGAGAUGAAUUGUUUGCUGGUGACUCUUGUACAGUGGCCAGUGUUGAUAAUAUCAAAAAAUAUUUUCCACCAGAAACACAUUUUGAGGAUUAUUGGCCUAAUGAGACGCUUAAUUCACAUCUCCCUAUUAAUCAGAAUUCAUCCACCCAUGUCAACCUGCAAGGUGCACUCCCUCAAGCACCCCCUCAAGCAGAACCUGCUGAAUUUAUUGAAGAUCCGGUAACCGGCUGUGGUUGUAGUGAUGAAGAAAUGGAGCUGACGGUAAUCGCGGUGUUAUUGCAUUAUACGGUUUAUUAUAUAUCAUCGGUGGAUGUAAAUCCGGAACAUUUUAUGAUUCUGUAG